AUGCAAAUCCCAAAGCCCCUUCUCCCAGCACUCUUCGCCCUCACGGCAAACGCCCUGUUCGACUGCAACACCGACCAACACGCCUUCGAUCCGGCAACCGGCAAGUUCGUCGUACAUUUCACUUCCGCUCGUGAUAGCCAUUACAAUGGGAACGAGCCAUGGAUCAGAAUCUGUCGCCCCAAUUCCUCCGGCACAUGGGAUAACAUCGACCCACUGGGGAUACCCUGCGAUACAGCCGGUGCAAAAACAUUUAGUCCAAGCCAGACUGGUCUGAAGGGUGAUUUGAAGGUUGGGCUUGGGGAUGCGUGUGCUAGUAUUGGGCGUUUGGCUGGGAGUUAUCUGGAGUAUAAGAGUGUUUUUGUUGAUUUGGAUGGGGAUUAUGGAAAUGGGGAUGUUUGUGGCAAGAGAGAUCAUGGGCGGUCUUGUCAGUUGAGUUUGUAA